AUGUCGUGGAUGCGACAGCAGCAGACCAAUGGUAAUGCAAACUACUUGAACGGUCAUUCUGCCCUGGGUCGUUUCAACUUCGACGACGGCGACAGCAGCAGGGACACGAGCGAUGCAGAGCGGAGCAGAUCAAGAGGAGCAGGGCCAGGAGCAGGUUAUGGCGGAUUCAGGACACAGCCGCCGGUCCAGGGCGCGUCGCGGCUAGACAGAGGAUAUGCGCGGAGGAGCAGAGACUUUGCGAAUAGCCAAAGUCGGAGUAGAAGUAGGAUAAGCGCAAGGUAUGGCCCACAAAGCGGUCAAGUCGAUGAUAUCCUUCGAUUCAUCGAGCAACAAUGGAACUUCAUGGCCAGCGACAACUGCAUCCCCGUCAAAGUUGCACUGCAGCUUAUGGACCCGUCCUCGCUUGGACUAGCAGACCAAUACGACCAGUUCCGGGAGGCGCAUACACAACUGCAAAACGCACUGAAAGUGAUUGUGAACGAGCAUCACCAGGGUUUCAACAGUAGUAUCGGUACGUUCCACAAAAUCCAAGCGGCCAUUCAUGCAUCACAAGUACGUGUGAGGAAUCUCAGAGCGGGUUUGGUGCAGGCGAAAGGUAGCUUGGCGAGCGGCAGGCCAGAACUCAAGGCGUUCGCGCAGAGCAGUCAGAGCUAUGACCAGAUGUUGCAAGUACUUGGCACUAUCGAGCAGCUCCAGUCGGUCCCGGAGAAGCUCGAAGCACAAAUAUCAGAAAAGCGCUUUCUAGGUGCGGUUGAUACGCUGCAGGAGGCGUUGAGGUUGAUCCGCAAGCCGGAGAUGGAAGAAAUAGGGGCUUUGGCUGAUCUGCGAGUGUACUUGAGCAAUCAAGAGCACUCGCUGUCUGAUAUCCUGGUCGAGGAGCUGCACAACCACCUGUACCUCAAAAGUCCUUACUGCGAGGAACGAUGGAAGGCGCACACAAAGCGCGACCUCACAAGUCCAGUGGACGAUACCGAGAGAGCGAUGCACCACUUUCUGGAGCUGUACGACGGAUCGAAGCCGAUGCCAGAGGACACGACACGGAACCCAGAAGCCGAUACUUUCUACUACAUUCAGCUUCUUGUCGAAUCACUGAACAAGAUGGACAGGUUGGACGUUGCUGUUGAUGCGAUAGAGCAUCGUCUACCGGUGGAGCUGUUCACCGUUGUGGAACGAUCACACAUGGAGGUCGAGCAAAGACAUCCUGCGAUUACGCGAAAGGCAGCAAGAGGGCCGCAGAAGAAGGCAGGAGUGAAUGCGGGACCAGAUGCAGAGCAGCGAGACACCCUGGAAGACCUACUAACGACCCUCUACGCCAAGUACGAAGCAAUAGCGGAAGGCCACCGGGUACUUCACGACGUGACUGCAGCGAUCAUAAAGCGGGAAGACAUCGAAGAGGCGUCGACACUAAACAGGAGCUUUCGUGAGUUAUGGGCACUUCUCCAGAGUGAGAUCCGGACACUUUUGCACGAUCACCUUGCAUCAAGUGGAGAUGUUGGUCAUCGUGGGCGAUCGGACAACGAUCCUAGUGCAAACAUCUUCCGAGCCCAGCCACGAGACAGAAACCGCAGGCUGUUUAAGAUGUCAGACACAGACAGCAAGUCAACAGAGCUUACGACGGAGCGAGAGGACCUUGAGUUCAUCUUGAAACAAUCGGUCCCUGGCUUGGUUGGCAGCAAUGCGCAAAGCACUAAGCAAGAUCGAAAUGCAGUGACUGACGUCUCGGCAACCGGCCAUAAGUUGUUGGUCGAGCCGAGUGUGUUCAACAUGGCGAUCCUGUUGAAGCCGUCUCUGGACUUUCUGACCGGGCUUCGAGAUGUGGUUCCAGCCCAUUCUGGUGUGGUAUCGAGCACUCUCACCUCGUUUCUGGAUGACUUCCUCGUCAACAUCUUCUACCCACAACUAGACGAGACGCUCCUCGAUCUCUGCAGCAGGACGAUGAAUGAGAUGGACGCCUUCCAACCAGACCCAAAGUGGCAGGCACACGCACAACGACCCAUAUUCAAGGGCACAGUACGCUUUUAUGAGCUCAUUGAAGCAUUCUGCAUCAUGCUCGAUAGCCUGCCACACGAUCAGAGUUUCAGCCAAUUGAUCAUCACGCAGAUGCGGAGCUACUACGACAGAUGCUAUCAGUGGUCGAAGAGCUUACUGCAGAGAGCGCAAAUGGCUCAAGAAGGUGCCAUGAAGAUGAGAAUAGCAGCACACCUGGCGACAUCUGGUGACAUAAAUCAAGUGGUGAUUAACCUCACAAAGGCAAGCAGGGAAGAUUCUGUCGUUCUUGCUGAGAAGGAGUCCGCUCUACUUCUGCAGUCCAUCAAGAACCGCAGCCUCGAAGAAGCGGAUCUGAUCAACGAUCGGAAAGCACUCGCCGCAUUAUGCACGCUGCACGUGAGCAUGAAGUGGCUCUCCUCACGCUGCCAGCAACUACGCUACAUCUCACCCCGCGCCGUCGACGCCUCCAGCAUGCAAUCCCAUGACCACAGAAGAUGGACUCUCAACUCAAACACCCACACCACACCAAACAGACCAUACCUCCCCCUCGACCCUCCCACAGCAGCAGGCUUCGACGCCGUAAUCGCCUCCUUCACCGAACUCUCCUCCCUCAUCCUCCGCACCCUCCACCUUGAUCUCCGCCUUCACCUCCUCCACGGCAUCUACACAGCCAUGGACGCAACCUACGCCCUCGGCCAACCUUACAACGAUCCAGAUCCCGCCAUCAUCAACCUCUCCACCUCCCUCGGCUCCUACGAUGUGGCCAUCUCCGCGAAUCUCCUCGAGACGCAAUAUAACUUCCUCACAUCACACCUUGACGUGCUAGCGAACAAUGCGCUCGUGUCGCUGGUAGGAUGUAUUCAGGCGUUCGAUGGGUAUGGAAGGGAUAGGAUGGGGUUGAAUAUCUUGGUCCUGCAGCAGACGUUGAAGACGAGCAUGCAGACUGAUGCGACGUUGGAGAGUGCGGCGCGGUUCUAUGAGAUGAUGGAGCCGAAGAUGGUGGUGGAGAGGGGAGUGGGGAGUGGGUAUGCCAAGGAGGAUUUGAAGGCGUUGGUGAGGUUGUGUUGGAAGGCGGAACGGGAUGGUGGGGAGGGAACUGUGGAUGAUUGGGUUGCGAGGAUUGGGUAG